GCAUUCUUCUUCUUUCUUCCUUAUCUCUCUCUCUUUCUCUGUUCUUCCAAGCUUUUAUUGCUUUCACUACAAACAAGCCCAAAACCAACACAGAUCCCAACCCUUUCUCAAUCCUCACAUCUCACUUGCUUCUACUACAAGACUCUCACUCACUGCUUAAAAACCAAGCUGUGUUCUUGAAAAGAUUGUCCACUUUUCUUAAACCAUAGAAAAGAUAAAAGUGAGCAGGAAUGUUUGGUGAUUCUCGAGCAUUAUUCACUGAUUCCAAUGCUAUAUUUCCCUCGAAUUUCAGCCCCAAAGGAGGCCAGGAAGGAGAAGAAGACUUGUUCUCUAAAACCAGAAUGAACUUUGACAUGAACAAUAUCAUUCAAGACAAUUUCAACAACAAAAGUAUGGAGUUUCAUAGUGAGAGUUUUAAGGGGCUGGAUGAUGAUGACGAGGUUAAUCAUAAGAGCUUGUCAAAUGGGUUUGGGCUUAGUUCACAAGUGUUGUCCCAGUUUCCCAGGCAGAGCUCAGGUUUGGACAAUACUGGUUUGUGUAGAACAGGGAGUUCAAUGGGGAUUGAUAAUCAGCUCAAAGUGGGCUCUGGUCUUAUGAGGCAAAACAGUUCCCCUGCUGGUUUUUUCUCGCACAUCAGUUCUCAAUCUGGCUACGGUGGAGUGGGAGGUGUAAACUACAGACUGCCAAAUGGUAGUAAUGGAGAGUUAGGUCCAACUGCAAGCAGGUUGAAAAGCCAGACGAGCUUGUCAUCGGGGAUACCAUCUUCUUUAGGUAUGCUGUCUCGAAUAUCUGAAUUUGAUGGCGGUAACAUAGCCCCAAAUGGUAAUGAAAAUGCAAAGAAUGGAACCAUUAAUGGGGAGACUCAGUAUUAUGCCUCUGAGUACCCUUUAAGUUCCUGGAAUGACUCUUUGCAUUUUGCUGAAAACUACUCUGGCUUAAAGAGGGAACUUGAUGCUGAUGAUGAUAGAUUAUUUUCUAGUUCUCAGCACGGGGAAAUUCCAAAUCGUCCAUCUCUCUUGUCGCAUCAUUUAAGCUUGCAGAAAAACUCAAGUGAGAUUUCUUGCAUGGACAAGUUGCUCCAAGAUUCAGUGCCCUGUAAAAUCCGGGCCAAACGAGGCUGUGCUACUCAUCCACGGAGCAUUGCAGAGAGGGUGAGAAGGACCCGAAUCAGUGAACGAAUGAGAAAGCUGCAAGAGCUUGUCCCUCACAUGGAUAAGCAAACAAACACUGCAGACAUGUUAGACCUGGCUGUGGAGUACAUUAAAAACCUCCAAAAGCAGUACAAGACGCUUAAUGAUAAUCGUGCAAACUGCAAAUGUUCAGCCAUGCAGAAGCAAGGCCUCAAUUGAACAAUUCCGCAGUGUACAGGGAAUAAUGUCAAGGAUGGAAAAUGGAGCAGGGAAACUUACUUAUCUGCCCUCAUGAAGAAGAUGAAGAAGAAGAAUAACCAAAUUUAUUUUUGACUUGUCCUACCAAAAUAUAGUGAAGAAAGUCUUAUUCAUUAUUAUGCAGCACAACUCUAUGGUGUAGGCUGGGUACUGUAAGCUAAUGAAAGCGCCAAUUACCCUUAGUUGAAGCAAGAAAAUAUAGGCACUUGUACAGGGGCGUGUAAUAAUACAUCCUUGCUAUGUAAGAUCAAUUUUAGUCUUA